AUGAACUCCAAGUUGACCCACCGCCUGCUGCCUCUGAGCGAGGCUGGCGUCGCAGAGGCUGGCGACUGCCUCGAGGCCCCACGCGGCCUGUUUUGCCUGCCGGCGGUGGUCAACAUCGGCGUGCAGAAGGCAGGCACGGGCGAGCUGCAGACGUGGCUUGGGGCGCACCCGCUCAUGCUGGCGCACGGGGGCGAGGUCCACUUUUUCGACGGGCUCCGGCCGUCUGCUGCGAUGCUGCGCUGCGGACAACGGCAACGCACAAACUUGCGGCAGCGCUACGCGAGGCACCUGUGGCACCGCCGGCCGCUGAGCCGAGACAAUGUGGGCGCCGCCGCGUCGAGCGCGAUGGCUGCCGGCGCGCCGCUUGUAAGGCGGCUGGCCUACGAGAAGACGCCCGCGUACUUUGACCUCUCGAACCCGGCGCUGCUCGCGCUCGAGCACUUCAAGUCGGAGCCCUUCGAGUGCAUGGACGCGGUGCAGCGCUUCCUCGGCUUGCCGCCCCACGACUACCGCGCCUCGGCGACGAGGAACGAGAAGGGUCUUUGGGUCAUCGGCAAGUCGAAGUCGUCGAGCGAGAGGCGAGGGAGGUGGGACAAGACGCCGCCCUCGCCAGAGGUCAACGCGACUCUGCACCAGUUUUACGCGCCCUGGCAGCGAACCCUCGCCGAGCUCCUGCGCGCGCACAACUUGUCGCUGUUGCCCGCGCGGCCGAUACCAGGGUAG